GAGGUCAUUGCUGAACUGAUGCCUUUUUAUCUUCCUUUUAGUGGGCCCGGGAUGAGUUUGAGGGACUCUUCAAACAGGCACCAGAAAACGCCAUGCAGUACCUCACAGAUCCUAAGUUCAUGGAGCGAACUCUGAAGCUCCCAGGAGCUCAGCCUGUGGAGGUGCUGGAGGCUGUGUACAAGAGCGUCGUCACAGACUGCCCACACAGCUGGGCCGACUGCGUGGCCUGGGCUCGCAACCACUGGCAGUGCCAGUACAGCAACAACAUCCGUCAGCUAUUGCACAACUUCCCCCCAGAUCAGCUCACCAGCUCAGGCGCCCCCUUCUGGUCUGGCCCAAAGAGAUGUCCUCACCCCCUAGAAUUCAGCACUAGCAACGAUCUUCACGUGGAUUAUGUAGUGGCAGGUGCAAACCUGUUUGCCCAGACGUACGGUCUGAAGGGCAGCACUGACCGAGCAGGUGUGAUAAAGAUCCUGCAGGAGGUCAAAGUGCCGACGUUUAUCCCUCGCUCAGGGGUGAAAAUCCACGUCUCUGAUCAGGAGCUGCAAAAUAGCAAUUCCUCUGUUGUAACCGGUGAAAUCUCUCGACAUACAGAUGACUCCAAGUUGGAAGAACUGAAGUCUCAGUUGCCUACGCCAGAGGCGUUCCAGUUCAAACUCAGCCCCAUCGACUUUGAGAAGGACGACGAUACAAACUUCCACAUGGACUUUAUUGUGGCGGCAUCCAAUCUGAGAGCGGAGAACUACGACAUUCCACCUGCUGACAGACACAAGAGCAAACUGAUCGCUGGCAAGAUCAUUCCAGCUAUCGCCACUACUACAUCUGCAGUGGUCGGCCUCGUGUGCCUGGAGCUCUUCAAGAUCAUCCAAGGCCAUAAAAAACUGGAGACGUUCAAGAAUGGCUUCAUGAACUUGGCCCUGCCUUUCUUUGCCUUCUCCGAGCCCAUCGCUGCUCCCAAACACAAGUACUACGAGAUCGACUGGACUCUGUGGGAUCGCUUUGAGGUCAAAGGACUGCAGCCCAGUGGGGAAGAAAUGACACUCCGACAAUUCCUCGACUACUUUAAAAAUGAGCAUAAGUUGGAGAUCACCAUGCUAUCUCAGGGAGUGUCCAUGCUGUAUUCAUUUUUCAUGCCUGCUGCCAAACUUAAAGAGAGACUGGACCUACCGAUGACUGAGAUUGUGACGAAGGUGUCCAAAAAGAAGCUGGGCAAACACGUGAAAGCUCUGGUGUUUGAGCUGUGCUGUAACGACCAGUCGGACGAAGACGUGGAAGUGCCCUAUGUCAGAUACACCAUCCGCUGAGCUGCACACCGAGCCCACCCACGGGAGUGCUGGAGUUGUGGGGGGGGGGGUUUAAGGGAUGGAUGGGGGGGUGCUCUGAAGUGGGUAGCUUGCUUCAAAUCAGGGUUUUUUUCUUGUUGUUCGUGGGCCUGGGUUUUUUGCGUAAACCUGUGCCUGACUGUACAUAGUCCCAGUGAGCUGACUGAAGGAGACCGGUUGGGGUUAGGAAUCCAGUUCACGCUUUAAGGGCGUUUAUUGAAGGAAGGGAGCAUGUAUACUGGACGUCCUGAUGUUUCUCAGUAGUAGAACCUCUGCAGUUAAAUAAGCCCGGCUUACAAUCCUCACCGUCAUCAUAAUCCACCCACUUGAUCUCUGUCCUCCUCAAACCCUGGUCUCAUCAACUUUAAACUUCUAAAUUUCCCAUUUUUUUUUGUAUUUUAUAUUACUUUCUCCAAAGAUCCAUUUCAUUAAUAAUAAAAAAAAAAAAAACACACACAAACCCAACAAGCUACCCUAGAAACCCAGAACGACCAUGUAGAUAUUUUCUGACUGGAAACCCGAUGGUAUCACACUGGCAGAUUGCUUCUCCCAGGCCGAGGCUCCCGCACCUCCCUCACCACAGCACUCUUCGAGGGGCUCUUGCACAUGACAUGUUUUUUUUUUUUUUCUUCUCUUUUAUUUCUUGUUUUUUGUUGUAUUUUAUUUGGGGGGGGAGGGGGGGUUACAGGGCUGUUAAACAUAUUUGGCAUACAUCUGGUAGUUCAUAACACUUGUUUCUAUUUUGUUAACUCCAUACGACAAAAACCGAAUUAAGAGCAAGACAAUGAGAUGUAUCUUGACAUGGGAGCACUUAGUGUGAUAGUGAAUAAACAUGUAAAACAUG